CAGAUCCUGGCCAUGAGGUUGGAUGCCUCACCUUGCUGAAAAGAGACACUGGACCUAAAUGGCGCAGCAUGACUUUGUUCCUGCUUGGCUAAAUUUCUCAACACCACAGUCAGCUAAGUCACCUACAUCCACCUUUGAAAAACACGGAGAGCACCUGCCCCGAGGAGAAGGUAGAUUUGGAGUGAGCCGUCGUCGACACAAUUCCUCUGAUGGCUUUUUUAACAAUGGGCCCCUACGAACUACAGGAGAUUCCUGGCACCAGCCCUCCCUCUUCCGCCAUGAUUCUGUGGACUCUGGUGUCUCUAAGGGAGCAUAUGCUGGAAUCACAGGGAACCUAUGGAACCAUCGACACUGGAAUGGCAGUUUUCAUUCCCGGAAAGGCUGUGCCUUUCAAGAAAAGCCACCUACAGAGAUUAGGGAAGAAAAGAAAGAAGACAAGGUGGAAAAGUUGCAGUUUGAAGAGGAAGACUUUCCUUCUUUGAAUCCAGAAGCUGGCAAACAGAAUCAGCCAUGCAGACCUAUUGGGACCCCUUCUGGAGUGUGGGAAAACCCACCUAGUGCCAAGCAACCCUCCAAGAUGCUAGUUAUCAAAAAAGUUUCCAAAGAGGAUCCUGCUGCUGCCUUCUCUGCUGCAUUCACCUCACCAGGAUCUCACCAUGCAAAUGGGAACAAAUCAUCAACUAUGGUUCCRAGUGUCUAUAAGAACUUGGUUCCUAAGCCUGCACCACCUCCUUCCAAGCCCAAUGCAUGGAAAUCUAGCAGAAUGGAACACAAAUCAGGAUCCCUUUCCUCUAGCCGGGAGUCAUCAUUUACCAAUCCAAUUUCUGUUACCAAACCAGUGGUACUGGCUGGUGGCGCAGUUCUCAGCUCUCCCAAAGAGAGUCCCUCCAGCAUUACCCCUCCAAUUGAGAUCAGCUCCUCUCGUCUGACCAAGUUGACCCGCCGAACCACUGAUAGGAAGAGUGAAUUCCUGAAGACUUUGAAGGAUGACCGAAAUGGAGACUUUGCAGAGAACAGAGACUGUGACAAGCUGGAGGAUUUGGAGGACAACAGCACACCUGAACCAAAGGAAAAUGGGGAGGAAGGCUGUCUUCAGAAUGGUCUUUCUCUCCCUGUAGCAGAAGAAGGGGGGAUCCUUUCACACUCUCUGGAAGCAGAGCAUAGGUUAUUGAAAUCAAUGGGAUGGCAAGAAUAUCCUGAAAAUGAUGAGAAUUGCCUUCCUCUCACAGAGGAUGAGCUAAAAGAGUUCCACAUGAAGACAGAGCAGGUAUGUCAUAAAUCCUCCCUGGAGACUAGUUAAACACUAGGAAAGA